AUGCUAGUAAAGGGGGUGUUCAGAUCAGUGAGCAACUCAGCUGACAAGUCCCAUCUUGCAUCCCCACUGAGAUCGCCUCAUCUUCCCGUUUGUCCUCAUCUUUUGUCCUCAUCGUUUGUCCUCAUCUUCCCGUUUGUCCUCAUCUUCCCGUUUGUCCUCAUCGUUUGUCCUCAUCUUCCUGUUUGUCCUCAUCUUCCCGUUUGUCCUCAUCGUUUGUCCUCAUCGUUUGUCCUCAUCUUCCCGUUUGUCCUCAUCUCCCCGUUUGUCCUCAUCUUCCCGUUUGUCCUCAUCUUCCCGUUUGUUCUCAUCUUCCCGUUUGUCCUCAUCUUCCCGUUUGUCCUCAUCUUCCCGUUUGUCCUCAUCUUCCCGUUUGUCCUCAUCUUCCCGUUUGUCCUCAUCUUCCCGUUUGUCCUCAUCUUCCCGUUUGUCCUCAUCUUCCCGUUUGUCCUCAUCUUCCCGUUUGUCCUCAUCUUCCCGUUUGUCCUCAUCUUCCCGUUUGUCCUCAUCUUCCCGUUUGUCCUCAUCUUCCCGUUUGUCCUCAUCUUCCCGUUUGUCCUCAUCUUCCCGUUUGUCCUCAUCUUCCCGUUUGUCCUCAUCGUUUGUCCUCAUCUUCCCGUUUGUCCUCAUCUUCCCGUUUGUCCUCAUCGUUUGUCCUCAUCUUCCCGUUUGUCCUCAUCUUCCCGUUUGUCCUCAUCGUUUGUCCUCAUCUUCCCGUUUGUCCUCAUCUUCCCGUUUGUCCUCAUCGUUUGUCCUCAUCUUCCCGUUUGUCCUCAUCUUCCCGUUUGUCCUCAUCUUCCCGUUUGUCCUCGUCGUUUGUCCUCAUCUUCCCGUUUGUCCUCAUCGUUUGUCCUCAUCGUUUGUCCUCAUCGUUUGUCCUCAUCGUUUGUCCUCAUCUUCCCGUUUGUCCUCAUCGUUUGUCCUCAUCGUUUGUCCUCAUCUUCCCGUUUGUCCUCAUCGUUUGUCCUCAUCUUCCCGUUUGUCCUCAUCGUUUGUCCUCAUCGUUUGUCCUCAUCUUCCCGUUUGUCCUCAUCGUUUGUCCUCAUCUUCCCGUUUGUCCUCAUCGUUUGUCCUCAUCUUCCCGUUUGUCCUCAUCGUUUGUCCUCAUCGUUUGUCCUCAUCGUUUGUCCUCAUCUUCCCGUUUGUCCUCAUCGUUUGUCCUCAUCGUUUGUCCUCAUCGUUUGUCCUCAUCGUUUGUCCUCAUCGUUUUUCACACUUCAAGCUCCCCUCCUCCCGUUUCUUCCAUUGGUGUUAUAG